AUGCAUCAGAUGCACGCACUAGAACUGUCUUUAAACUUCACUGAAGUGCCAGAAGAAGUUUGGUCUGUCGAGUUGGCAAAGAUGUUCCAGAUUAAGAGGAUCUGUUGUAUUGGUGCUGGGUAUGUUGGUGGCCCAACAUGCAGUGUCAUUGCUGCGAUGUGUCCAGAGAUAACAGUGACUGUUGUUGAUGUUAAUGAGUCUCGUAUCAAAGCCUGGAAUUCAGAUAUCCUUCCCAUAUACGAGCCUGGUCUCCAGGAGGUUGUAGAAUCAUGCCGGGGUAGAAAUCUGUUUUUCUCUACUGACAUCGACUCAGCCAUUCGGGAUGCUGACCUUGUCUUUAUCUCUGUGAACACACCAACCAAAACCUAUGGAAUGGGAAAAGGCAGAGCUGCUGACUUGAAGUUCAUUGAAGCCUGCGCUCGAAGGAUUGUCGAGGUGUCUGAUGGCUACAAGAUCGUCACUGAAAAAAGCACUGUCCCUGUCCGUGCUGCCGAAAGCAUUCGCCGAAUUUUUGAUGCCAACACCAAGCCAAGCCUUAAUCUACAUGUGCUGUCCAACCCAGAGUUUCUUGCAGAAGGAACGGCUGUGCGAGAUUUGAAGGAUCCAGACCGUGUCCUGAUUGGAGGAGAUGAAACACCAGAGGGUCAAAAGGCAAUCAAGGCUCUCUGUGCCGUUUAUGAGAACUGGGUCCCUAAGGCAAGAAUCAUUACCACAAAUACGUGGUCAUCAGAGCUGUCCAAACUGGCUGCAAAUGCAUUUUUGGCACAACGAAUCAGUAGCAUAAACAGCAUCAGUGCACUUUGUGAAGCCACUGGUGCAGACGUUGAGGAGGUUGCUAAGGCCAUCGGUAUGGACCAGAGAAUUGGCAGCAAAUUCCUCAAAGCCAGUGUUGGCUUUGGAGGAAGCUGUUUUCAAAAGGAUGUGCUCAAUCUGGUUUACUUGUGUGAGGCUCUAAAUCUUCCUGAGGUAGCCUCCUACUGGCAACAGGUUAUUGACAUGAAUGAAUACCAAAGAAGGCGCUUUGCUUGUAGAAUCAUUGACUGCCUCUUCAACACAGUAACGGACAAGAAAAUUGCUCUGCUUGGUUUCUCUUUUAAAAAAGACACGGGGGACACAAGGGAGUCUUCGAGUAUUUACAUUUCAAAGUAUCUCAUGGAUGAAGGUGCCAAGCUGUUCAUAUAUGACCCCAAAGUCCUAAAGGAACAAAUCAUGUAUGAUCUCUCCCAGCCCAGCAUCUCAGAAGACCACCCAGAGAGAGUUUCCCAAUUGGUGACUGUGACGUCAGAUCCCUACGAAGCUUGCCAAAGCGCUCAUGCCCUCGUCAUCUGCACUGAAUGGGACAUGUUCAAGGAACUUGACUAUGAAAAGAUUCACAAGAAAAUGUUGAAGCCUGCUUUUAUAUUUGAUGGCCGAAGAGUGUUGGAUCAUCUCCAUCCUCUGCUCCAGAAUAUUGGUUUUCAGAUCGAGACCAUUGGCAAGAAGGUUGCACCUGCAAGAAUCCCCUAUACCCCUGCGGCUGUGGGACCCCGGACUGUUCCCAGUGAACCUCCUCCAAAAACAGCCAAAGUCUGA